GCCCUCUAGACACAUCUGUGUGGCUGUUUGAAUCAAGGCGGACUCCACUAACGACCACCUGAAGGAGACGGCGCGUGGAGGCAUUUUGGAAGCAAGAAGGAUGCCGGUUGAGAGCGGAAGCGGUGGCGCCGGCACCGCAGCGGUCCGGCAGGCCAAGCAGAAAAGGAAGUCUCACAGUUUGUCCAUACGCAGGACCAACAGCACGGAACAGGAACGGGCCGGAUUCCUGCAGAGGGACGUGCACCUGGACACGCAGGACUCUAAGCUUCCGACAGCUCUGAGGAGCAACCUGGUGGACCUGUUCAGUCAAAUCGAGAGAGAGUUUGAGAACCUCUACAUUGAGAACCUGGAACUUCGCCGGGAGAUGGACGCCCUGAACGAGCGCUUGGCUGCUGACGGACAGGCGGGGGAGGGGGCCGACUUGACCAAAGGAGCGCUAAAAACAAAGACGAGCCACAGCACCAGCCAGCUGUCGCAGAAGCUAAAGACCACCUACAAGGCCUCCACCAGCAAGAUCGUGUCCAGUUUUAAAGCCACGACGUCCAGAGCCGUAUGCCAGCUGCUCCGAGAGUACGCCGGCCACCGAGACGGCAUCUGGGAUCUGAGCGCCACCCGGACCCAACCCACCGUGCUAGGGACCGCUUCUGCAGACCAUACAGCCAUGUUGUGGAGCAUCGAGACGGGCAAAUGUCUCCUCAAGUAUCUGGGCCACCAAGGAUCAGUCAACUCCAUCAAGUUUCACCCCACGGAACAGAUGGCGCUAACAGCUUCAGGAGACCAGACGGCUCAUGUGUGGAGGUUCCUUGUGCAGCUACCCACGCCACAACCCGUCACCGAUGUCACCCCGCCCUGCGAGGACGAGGCGGACUUUUCUGACAAGGACGACGCCGAGGUGGAAGCGGAUGGUCCCGCGGAGUGCCCGUCGGUGCGCGCCCCCGCCACCACGCUGCGCAGCCACCAGGGCGUGGUCAUCGCCGCCGACUGGCUGGUGGGCGGCAAGCAGGCGGUGACGGCGUCCUGGGAUCGAGCCGCCAACCUCUACGACGUGGAGACGUCAGAACUUGUGCACUCGCUGACCGGUCACGACCAGGAGCUGACGCACUGCUGCACGCACCCGACCCAGCGAUUGGUCGUCACCUCGUCCAGAGACACCACCUUCAGGCUGUGGGACUUCCGGGACCCGUCCAUACACUCCGUCAACGUCUUCCAGGGACACACAGACACGGUGACGUCGGCCGUGUUCACGGUGGGCGACAACGUGGUGUCGGGCAGCGACGACCGCACCGUUAAAGUGUGGGAUCUGAAAAACAUGCGCUCGCCCAUCGCCACCAUACGCACCGACUCGGCCGUCAACAGGAUCAGCGUGUCGGCGAGUCAGAGGAUCAUCGCUCUGCCGCACGACAAUCGUCAAGUGCGACUGUUCGACAUGUCCGGCGUGCGCUUAGCCCGACUGCCGCGCAGCAACAGACAGGGCCACCGCCGCAUGGUGUGUUGCACGGCGUGGUGCGAGGACAACACGUCCUGCAACUUGUUCACGUGCGGCUUCGACCGCCAGGCCAUCGGCUGGAACAUCAACAUCCCCGCCCUCCUGCAGGAGAAGUGAAACGGCGUGAGUUUUCGCGCAUCUGCGACAAGGCUGGGUUCACUCGGGCGGGAAAUGACGGAGCAUUGAAAAUUUGUGUGCUUUGUUUUUAAACUCAUUGGCAGCGGGUUGCGUUUUGGCGCCCUUGAAGGCGAUGGACGCCCAAUCCGUUCGCCCCUCACUGUCAAAAUAGAUUGGACAUCCGUCGCCAUCAAUGGCAGAAAAUGCGUUAAGUGACACAUAGUGAGCACAAUUUGUUUUUACGGAGGACUAAAAAGUGCCAGAAUCAACCACCAAUCAAUAACUUAAAUAAAUCAAGUAUAUUAAUUCAUUACAAAUGUGAUUAAAUACAUGAAUGUGUCUUUAAAAAAUGCAAAAAUACAUUUCAUAAAAAUACCAAUUGGUUUAAUGGGGGAAAAAAAUAACAUUUUAAUAUUUUUUUUAACCACUGGAACACUGACCAUGAAACAGUGAAAUAAUUAUUAAUUCUUUUACAUUAAAUGAAUUGGUAUUCUAAUGAAUUAACGACUCAUGAAUUAAUUGUCAAUAGUAUUGGCACUUUUUUUAGCCCUCCAUUUCUUUGUAUCAUGAAAUGUAAUAUAUAUACACACUGUACAUACAUAUGAAGACUUUUAUUUUGUGUUUAUUUACCUCCUUAACCCCAACUUGUUGUUUUAACAUUGAAGUGUGGUGGUCAGGAAGCCACAAAAUAUGAAUCAUUUAAUGUCAACUCAAAAAUGAAAUCAAAGUCAUUGCAUACCAAAUCGGACGCUCGUAUUUGUAAUUCAACUGAAAAACAGGAGGACGUUUGCUUUUCCUUCUAGCAAAAAAAAAAAGUAAUAAUUCUUCCGGGUUCCAUGACAUAGAACAUAGAUGUAGAGUCUUUGUGGACGUGAACAGAACGAGUGAAAGCUAGUAUGUGCACUUUUGUUAUCAAUGUUAGAGUUGUAACAAUGUCACCAUCAAAAUAAAACCACUCCAUUGACUCAUCUUUUUCUUGUCCGUUCAUAUUUGGCGCCUCCUGCUGGACGUUCACCAAUUGUUAACUGUUGGAAUUUGACCCUUUAGCCAGAUUGUCGGAACCGCGCUAGCGCACUCCCAACGACCCGGCCAAAAGGCCAAAUUCUGCACGUUGCCCUCCGUUUUAACCCCUUGACUGCGUUUUAAAAGCUGGAAAAUGGCUUUGAAACCGAAUUUGACAAUUUGUUCCAAGUCGACAGCAAGGCAAAGACAGCACACAGACCCAGAAGAAGAGGAAGGCUGGAUCCAGGGUCACCAUAUCACCGGUCAACAAAAGAUUCCCGAGAAAAGACGGCGCUAGCUAAAGAAUUCAGUAUUUUGAAGGCUCUGGUGAGGCAGGCUGUGGUCCGGAAGAAGGGUGUGUUUGGGUGUUGUUUAGGGUCAUUUUCUGUUGCAGGUUGGUCUGAUGAGUCAGUGCGUCACUUUUGCCAAAGCAACCAGAGUUGGAGAUUUUUUCAGCCUCAGUGCAAAAGGAGUGUAACAAGUGUGAGCCGUGAUGUUAACAGCACCACUGAGGUGGACAAUUAGUGGGCAAAUCAGGAAGUUCUGGUUCGGCUACUAGAGGGCAGCGGCAAUGAAUACAGAUGGACAGAGUUGGUUUGAGUGAAAUAUGUAUUUUACAAAAAGUAACACAGAAAAAUAAACAAAUAUUUACAGAGUUCCAAUGUAUACACAAGUUAAAGUUGGUCAACGGGGGGGGAAAAAAACAGUUCACUUUCCCCAUCCCAACGUUCGUUAGUUACAAACAGUCAAGAGCAUGAAUGAAUGGCUUCAGAUUUAUGGCGGUACAAGGUGAGUGUCCAUUAGCGCUGCUUGAUUAGUCACAAGUUCAAUGGGCAUUGGAAGUGCUUGACCCGAGUAGUGGGGAGAGAAAAACAGGUUGCAGAGCCUCCUACCAGACCCUGACUUGUGUUGAAGACAGGGAAAAAGAGGACCGUCAGGCUCCUGGCCCAAGUUCUAGCUCGCCAUCCUUUUGUUGGAGUGGUCCCAAGGCAGGGCAGGACCACCUGGCCUGCAUAACCAACCAACCAACCCAAUUAAACAUUUGCAAUGACUACAAAUGCAUACUAUGUUAGCAUUAGCACAUUAGCACCAGAAUGCUAACAUAACAAAAUACAAUCAUAAGGCACCAACAGAAAUGAAAAUGCAAAAGUAUUCACAUGUUAGCAUGUUAGUAUUAGCAUGUUAUCAUUAGCAUGCUAACAUACAGAAAUACAAAAAUAAAGCACCUACGGGCACAGAAAAUCACAUGAACACAUAAAUUAGCCUAAAUUAGCAUGGUGGCUAAUCCGCUAACAUGUGACAUGGUGCAUUCAGGGAGUGUGGGAAAAACAAGUACUGGCUAAAAUCAGGGAAUCUUAACCCAGUUACAAGAGUGUUCAAAUUCUCAGCUGUGGAGUCUUCUUGUUAUCUGGCGUUCCUUGUGAAAAAGCAGGAUGUCCCGCCAUUGUUCUGGACAUUGUUGACCCCCGAAAGCUCUUGGCGGGAUUUGGUGGUCCAGACGUGGGCUUGUAGAUGUCUUGGCCAUCACCUGCUUGUCUCGCUCAAUCAGCUGCAUGACGCGCGCAUUGAGCUUCCGUAGUCAGGAGGCAUCCCGUACCUUAUGCCCUUAUCUGCCCAUUGUCUUGGUGCUGCAAAUUUUUAAUGACUCCAAUAAUAUCAAAUAUAUUCUACUUGCUUUCUUAAACUAGGAUUUAAAUGUUAUUUUAUAUUAGGUGUGUUAAAGUAAUACAAACAGUCAAACAGUAAAUAUGGUAAAGGAUGCUAUUCUCAUAUUUGGCGCCUCCUGCUGGACGUUCACCAACACAAAGCGCUUUUAUUGAAAAGCUGUUCACCUUUAGACAAGUCGCGCAUCAUUUUUGUCCAAAAUGGGACACUGCUGCAUUCAAAGUGAGGCUGCAAUGAUUGAUCGACAUAUAAUAUUUUUUUCAAGCACGACUCAUCGGUUAUCAAAUUAAUUGUUGGACUCGAUAUUGUCCAAAUCAUUAUAAAACCCAAGAAAAAGGGGAGUGCAGUCAAUAUUGUAAUUUUUUCAUCUUCAUCAAAAUAUAAUAAAACAAGAAAUACUUACUUGCUAAUAUUUUUUUCCCAUUUUCCUUUAUUUCUAUUAAUGACAUCAUGUUACAUGACUAUUAAAUAGAACACUAAAUUAGAGGAUAAAAUGAGUUCUUAUGAGUGAUAUAGUACAUCCGCUGUCCUCUUGAUGUCGCUAGCGCCUCAUGGCAAAAACCAGUUGAUUUUACAAUCAGGCUCUCUGAUCAAAAGUUUUGAAAUGCUUUCUCAUUCAAUUAAAUGGUAAAACGGCGGGUGUAGUCAUCAUAUCAUAAACACAAAAUGAAGCAAACACAUUAAACACUUUUCAAAAUGAAGACAUUAACAAUGCUAAUAAUCUAAAAGUUGCAGGCCACUUUUCAGUGACAUGUUUGAUAUAUAAAGCCUUAAAUAUAUUUCCUGUGACUUUUAAAAUUUCCAGUUAAAUGUUGUAAUUCUGUUAAAAUACAAUUUGUGCAACAUAAUUCUUCACUUGCAAGCCAGUCCAAUUUAGGUAAAAAUAUGGUCAACUUGCGCGCUUCGCGUGAGUUUUCUGCUCCACGUUCCGAGUCCGGCAUCCCGUAAGGUGUUGCCAAAGUGCCGCACGGCCUUCUGAUACGGAACGGCCGCCCGCUUCCAGGCGCGGUGCGUCCUCAGCAAGUCCUCUGACGUCCAGUCGUUAAGCUGACGGACCAAGUGGAAGUUAAAACCUCUGCUCCCUAAUUACUAUAUACAAUGGUAUUAAAAAGUAUCUGAACCUUUUGGAAUUUCCCAUAUUUCUGCAUAAAAUCACCAUCAAAUGUGAUCUGAUCUUUUUCAAAAUCACACGGAUGAAAAAACAGUGCUUUAUCUAAAGCCACCCAAACAUUUAUAUAGGUUUUAAUAUUUUAAUGAGGAUAGUAUGCAAACAAUGACAGAAGAGGGAAAAAUAAGUGAACCAUCACAUUUAAUAUUUUGUGCCCCCCCUUUGGCAUCAAGAACUUCAACCAGACACUUCCUGUAGCUGCAGAUCAGUCUGGCACAUGGAUCCGGAUUUUGGCCCAUUCUCUACAAAACUGCUGCAGUUCAGUCCGAUUCCUGGGAUAAAUCGCUGUCUUUAGAUCAUGCCACGACAUCUCAAUAGGGUUCAAGUCUGGACUUUGACUUGGCCACUCCAGGACUUGUUUUUCGUUCUUCUGAAACCAUUCUGAAGUUAAUUUACGUCUGUGUUUUGGAUCAUUGUCCAUCCUUUUUUUUUAGCUUCAACUGUCUGACAGACAGCCUCAGGUUUUCUUGCAAAUCUUUUGAAUUCAAACUUCCAUUAAUGAUUGCAAGUUGUCCAGGCCCUGAAGCAGAAAAACAGCCCAAAUAUUGAUGCUCCCUUCACCAUGCUUCCCGGUGAGGAUGAGGUGUUGAUGUCGGUGUGCUGUUCCAUUUUUCCUCCACACAUGACGUGUGUUACUCCCAAACAAUUCAACUUUAGUUUCAUCAGUCCACAAAAAUAUUUUGGCCAAACUUCUUUGGAGUGUCCAAGUGCCUUUUUGCGAACAUUGAACGAGCAACAAUGUUUUUUUUUUUUAGACAGCAGUGGCUUCCUCCGUGGAGUCCUCCCAUGAACACCAUUCUUGGCCAUAGUUUGACAUAUAGUUGAUGUGUGCGCAGAGAUAUUGGACUGUGCCAGGGAUUUCUGUUAGACACUCUAGGGUUCUUUUUUAUAACCUCUCUGAGUAUUCUUCGCUGAAAGCUUGGCGUCAUCUUUGGUGGACGGCCACUCCUCGGGAGAGAAGCAACAGUGCCAAACUCUCUCCAUUUGUAGACAACUUCGCUGACUGGUGAUUGAUGAACAUCCAGACUUUUAGAGAUGGUUUUGUAACCUUUCCUAGCUUUAAACAAAUCAACAAUCCUUGAUGGCAGGUCUUCAGACAGCUCUUUUGACCGAGCCACAAUGCACAUCAGACAAUGCUUCUCAUCAGGACAAUUCUUAACAGGUGUGUGUUUUAUAGUGGGUGGGGCAGCUUUAAACAACUCAUCUGUGAUUGGGGACACACUUGACUUCAAUUGUUUGGUAAAAAUUAGUUUCGAUUGCUCUCCGUAUGCCCUUCACUUGCUUAUUUUUCUCAUUAAAAUAUGAAAACCUAUAAAUGUUCAGGUGCUUUUAGUUCAAGCAGACACUGUUUUUUUCAUCUGUGGGAUUUUGACAAAGGUCAGAU